AUGAUGGUAUUGAGUGCCGAAAACCUCAUGAGCGAGUGUUCGAUAGUGCACCAAAAGCAUCGAAAUCAACCGAAGAUUGACCGGACGGGGACCACGGGGAAGGCGCCCGUGAAUAAUUCAACCGGCGAUGCGACCUCCGCUCCCAUCGGGCUCGAUAAUCCCGACCGACCGGCGGAAUCCGGUCGAUUGGCGUACUUUAAGCACGACUACGGCCACGUCAACUUCGCCUUCGUCGAUUGGGACGGAUUUACCUCGUCAAGGAUCAUCGAGACGUUAUUCAACGAUCACUCGCCUUCUUCGAACUGA